AUGUCCUUCGAAGGCUUGCAGGAGCGCCUGACGGCCCUGCAAGAGACCACGACCCAGCUCAAGGAGCUCAUCGACAGGCUCCAAAACAUCGAAUUCCAGCCGGGUUCAGUUCCGCUCGGCGGCACGGAUGAAGAGAACAGCGUCAGCGCAGAGCUAAGCUCAGAGAUCAGCCAGAUCCUCCGGGAAGAGGAGGAUGAGCUGGAGCUCCUUGGGGAGGAGGUCGAGGACCUUAGGGAUGGCAGGCCGGGAAGCGAGGUGGAACACACGAAGACCCGUCUCAAGGAUGGCGUGGAGAGGCUGAAGCAGGAAAUCAAGAGUUCACGGGUCACUUUCCGCAAGGCGCAACUCACAGCGAGGCGUAACCUCUCUCAAGCGCAGCGCCUCGAACGCGAACUACUCAUCCAAUCCUACUCGCAGCCCGUCUCCGAAGUGUCCUCCCCAUCCCUCAGCGCGCAAAAGCCCGACGUCGUCCGCCACCGACAGGUCCACCAGACGAAUAACACGAGCUCCCUGACAGAGGAGGACAAACAGACGGUCGGCGCCAGCGGCAAUGUCACCAGCGCGCUGCGACGCACGCACGACCUCAUCGCUGCAGAGCUGGCCCGCAGCGAGUUUGCGCACCAGACGCUGACGGAGUCCUCCGCAGCGCUGGCGCAGCUCGACGACUCGUACGGUUCGCUCGACACGAUGCUGGCGAGUUCCAAGGAUCUGUUGGGUACGCUGCUCCGGUCGACGAAGAGCGAUACGUGGUAUCUCCAGACGGCGCUCUACAUGCUCAUGGCGACGGGAGCGUGGCUGCUGUUUCGGAGGUUACUGUACGGGCCGAUGUGGUGGCUGGUGUGGCUGCCAUUGCGUCUGAUUUAUAACCUCACCGUUGGCGGUGGUGGAGCGGUCAUCAAGUACGCCGGGUCCGGAAGCUCAUCGGAGGCUGUCGUGGUCAACGAGGGCAAGAUUGAUGUCGAGGGUUUGCCGGACGAGUCGUUGCCUACCAUUGAAGUCGGACGGGAGCCGCAGCGAUCGGCGGUCGGUGGAGAUCCCGAGUCGCUGGUUGAGAAGGUGGGUAAGAUUGUGGAGGAGAUGCCGGCAGAGAUCGGCGAAGAGACGACAACAGACACAGACGGGGGUGAGCCUCUGGACGGUGAGGUGAUUGUUGACCAUGUGCUCGGUGACGAGCUGAAGCAAGGGGCGCAUGAAGAAAUUAGGCAGCGAGACGAGCUCUAA